GAAGAGGCUGGGUGGUAAACAGGAAGUGGACGCUCAGAGCUCGGGGCGGCGGUCAGGAAACAUCUGGAGAAAAUGACACAUUGGUUUCAUAGGAACCCAUUAAAGGCCACAGCUCCUGUCUCUUUUAACUACUAUGGCGUAGUCAGUGGCCCCGCUGCUUCAAAAAUUUGCAGUGACUUGAGAUCGUCCAGAGCACGGCUGCUUGAAUUGUUCACUGAUUUGAGCUGUAAUCCAGAAAUGAUGAAGAACGCAGCAGAUGCAUAUUUUUCACUUUUACAAGGUUUCAUAAAUUCAUUGGAUGAAUCUACCCAAGAAAGCAAGUUACGAUAUAUUCAAAAUUUCAAAUGGACUGAUACAUUGCAAGGACAAGUUCCAAGUGCCCAGCAAGAUGCUGUUUUUGAAUUAAUUUCCAUGGGAUUUAAUGUAGCUUUAUGGUAUACCAAAUAUGCUUCAAGACUGGCUGGAAAAGAAAACAUAACAGAAGAUGAAGCAAAAGAAGUCCAUCGGAGCCUAAAAAUUGGAGCUGGGAUUUUUAAACAUUUAAAGGAAAGUCAUAUUCCAAAGCUUAUAACACCUGCAGAAAAGGGGCGGGAUUUAGAGGCGCGACUCAUAGAAGCUUAUAUUAUCCAAUGUCAGGCUGAAGCUCAAGAAGUAACAAUUGCUCGAGCAAUUGAACUGAAACACGCUCCUGGACUAAUUGCUGCACUGGCAUAUGAAACAGCCAAUUUCUAUCAAAAAGCUGAUCAUACUUUAUCCAGUUUGGAGCCUGCAUACUCUGCUAAAUGGAGAAAAUAUCUUCAUUUGAAAAUGUGUUUCUACACAGCUUAUGCUUACUGUUACCAUGGUCAGACUUUGUUGGCUAGUGAUAAAUGUGGUGAAGCCAUCAGGUCUCUCCAAGAAGCAGAAAAAUUUUAUGCAAAGGCAGAAGCAUUAUGCAAAGAAUAUGGAGAAACCAAAGGACCUGGACCAACAGUCAAACCUUCAGGACACUUGUUCUUUAGGAAACUUGGAAAUCUUGUGAAGAAUACACUAGAAAAAUGUCAGAGAGAAAAUGGAUUUAUUUACUUUCAGAAAAUUCCAGCAGAAGCCCCACAGCUGGAACUCAAAGCAAAUUAUGGUCUCGUGGAGCCUGUACCUUUCGAGUUUCCUCCUACAAGUGCGCACUGGACUCCGGAGACGCUGGCUGCCUUUGAUCUCACCAAAAGACCCAAGGAGGACACUAGCAAACCCAAACCAGAGGAGGCGGUGAAACCUGUGAAGGAACCAGACAUCAAACCGCAGAGAGACACUGGGUGCUCCAUCUCCUAAAAUACACGGAGGCACGUGCACCGGGAAUUUCUCUGCUAGUAGACGAGAUAAGCCGUGGAACUCCAGUUCAUCUUUCUUGAAAUGAUUUCUGUGAAGCCUAUAGAGUGAUUUAGUACAUUCAGAGGGAAUCUGCCUUCAGUUUAUUUGUUCUUGAUUUUUAAUAUAGUGGAGAUGUUCCAUGCUUUGUUUCCACACUCCUUUUAAGCAGGACAACGUUUGAAAGAUUUUAUUGUGCCUUUAAAGGGCAUAUUUAGGCAUUGGGUUUUUUCCCCAAACUCUGGGUAAUAAGUUUUAAGUUAAUAUAUUAUAGGCUAGAAUCAUGUGGUUUCAGGUAUGUUUUUCUAUCUCCACAAAAAACAUUUAUUUUCCUUCCUCUUAUUUGAUACCAGAAGAAUGACACUAAUAGGUUUUUAAGAGAGACAGUUUUUUUCCCUUCAUUAUGUUGAUUGUAGCACAGACUUGUUAGGUUCUGAAUCAGUUAUGUUUUCUGGUAGAAAAAAAAAGUCAUUUAUAGUUAAAGAUGAGAAAAUCUCAUACCAAAUCCCUUGCAUAUGUUAGAAUCUAUGAUUUUCUCGAAAAUCAGUGUUUAUGGAUUUGUUGAGAUCAUUUAAGAACUUACUCCUAUUCUGAUAGCCCUGUACUUCAUUUCAGUCUCUAAACCUACAAUGAUUUUUACAAGUACCUUUUCUAAUGGGUGUUUUUACUUAAAGGACAAAACUUUGUAACAACUCCUAGUGUUUCUAUAUGAGAGAAGACAGAAUGAAAAUGUUUUUGCAGAAGUCAAAUAUUGCAUGAUAUAAAGAAAAAACUUUAAACCUAAACAAGAUAGGUUGUCCUGAAUUACACUGGUAACUCGCUACUUCUUUGCUACAGAAGUUAUGGUAAAAUGCCUUUGUUACCUGAUUUCCGUGAACAUUAUUUUUGUAUGGUUUUCUAAUACACAUAUCCUGUCAAAAUUGUAUUGCUUUAGGCCAAAGGCCAUAGCAAAAACUCAGAGAGCCAACAGAUGAAAAAUGAUCUUAAACAUAGCUUGUAAUACUUGAAACAAUUAGUUUACUAUAUACACAAACUUGGGAAACAGUGGAUGCAUGAUACUUUAACAAAAGUCACACAUCUGUAAGUUUAUCUUCUUUUGAUUAUUCUCCUGGAGUGUUAGCUAGUUUUCCUUUUAUAAAUGACAGAUUGGUUCACUUAAUAGAAAAAUAAUCAUAGUAGCAUAUAUUGAGAGCUCACUGUGUGCCAGGCACUCUGCUGAUCACGUACACAGGUAAAACCAUUGAAUCCACACAGCAGCCCUGUGAGAAGUAUGUAAAAUCUGCAUAAAGUGUUGAAAUAGGAAUAAACGUUUCAUUAUGAAGAAUAAAUAGAUUAUGCUUAUCUGAAUCAAUAUUGUGUUCAAAUAAAUGAUCACUUAAAUCAUAGUUUACACUCCUGAAAAAAGCUACAUAAGAUCAGUGAGGCUUUUUAAAAAAAAUAUGGAAAUGCUAAUAACUCCUUACCAUAUAAUAUUUAAUAUUUGAAGCUGCAGUUUCCAGAAUAAAUGAGUAAUAACUGAACACUUAAUUUUAUUUUGCUGUCUAUAGAAAAAAUAUUUUAAGUUUCACUGUAUUUUGUCUGAUACUACAAAAUUAUUCGUCAGUUUGCUAUAUGCCGUUUACUGACCAAACUUUAAACAGGACUUGAUGCCAGCUUCUUACUCUGCCUGUAGGACCUAUUUAUCUUAGGUACUAGUGCUUAUUAUCCUAGUUACUAAAUUUUUACAUUGACGUUUUUGUGGCUCAAACUACCGUAUUUGGAAUUAAAACAUGUAAUAAUGCUCAGUGCUUCUGUAAAAUGCAGUAAAUACUGGUAUUACCUUAAAUCCAUAAUUGGCAACUUUGACGAGCAGACAAUAUUCUGUUGACUCAGCAAAGGUAACACUUUGUGACUAAAAUAUCCCAUUAUACAUAAUAUUGUUUGAAGUGGUAUUGGAAAUUUGGGGAAGUUAACAAAUGUAAAGAAGUUGCAUGAAGGUUAUAGAGAGAUGUAACUAUUUGUGUUAACUGUUAUGUACAUUUCAUACUUAGUUUAAACAGGAUAAUGAUAGCUAACCUAUCCUGCUAAAAGUGUUGUUUGUAUAAUGAAUUAUCUUUUUAUUUAUGAAAAUAAAAGUGAUUUUACUAACAA